AUGACCUCGCCAGUAUCGUCGCCAGCGCCGGUGAUCGGCGCCCGGCUGAUAAACAAAACAGUGAGCAGCACACAGCCGUUGCUGCAUCGCACGCCUUCGCAAGCCAGCUUCAGCUCGUCGAUACUGAAGGCUGGCACAGCGACGCCCAGUCGCACACAGCCGCUGAACGAAACCGGCAGCGUGCGGUGCAUCCAGUCGCUGACCCAGCGGCCCGCAGGAAAUGCCCUGGCGCUAACCGACGAUUCGGGCGACUCAGUACUGACAUUAGCGCAAAGCGACGACUACGUAUUCAGCGGGUCGCAGCACGGCAGCAUCCACGUGUGGAACCGCGACACAUACCAGCUGGAAAAGGUCCUGCACGGGCAUACAGCCGGGUGCCUGUCCCUGGCGCUGGACAUAGGGCGCCGAGUGCUGUUCAGCGGCGGCGGCGACGGCAAAGUCCGAGCAUGGGACAUGGACAGCCUAAAGUGCCUGUAUGUUGUGCAUGCGGGAGUGAAUUCUGGCGCCGUGCUGUCUUUGGAGUAUGCUGAAGCGUCGGAUUUGCUGGUGCUCGGGUGCCAGAACACGUCGAUCCAGUGGUUCAAUGUGGGCCAGAAAGACCUGGUGAGCCGCAGUGAGCGGAGGCGCGAAAUGGAGAGCCGCAGGUCGCGGUUCUUCGACGACUCGGUCGAGGCCAUUUUGGUGUGCGUACCAUCUCUGCCUUUGGCCGGCGAUGACGAGCCGGACAGCUCUGAGUUCUACGUGAUCUCGGAGUCCAGCAUUGUGCAGUAUGCGCACAGCGGGUACGUCUACGGGCUUUUGGUUUCAGGCAAUGUGUUGUUUUCGGCCGCCAGCGACGGCGCCAUCAAGCAGUGGCAGCUGGCUGAGCAUGGCAUGGAGGAGCUGGCCGAGCUCUCCCGGUCGUUCUCCGAUGGCGACUUGCCCGAAGACCUCAGCGUGCAUGCGCUGGCGCUCGAUGACGGGCUGCUGUUCGCUGGCCUGCAGAGCGGCGACAUCGAAGUCUGGGAUCUCGAGACCAAGCAGCGCAUCCGCGUGCUGCACGGCCACUCCGGCAACGUCUAUACGCUUCUGAUCCACAACCACAGUCUGUUCUCGGGCUCGGCCGACGGCUCAGUGCGCAUUUGGGGAGCCGACCUGCAGAGCCUCGGGUGGAUUGCCAGCUCCGGCGACGCCGUGCUGUCCCUGGCCAUUUCCAUGGACGACAUUCUGAUCAGCGGAUCUAGCGACAACGCCAUUGCCUUCUGGGACGUGUCGGUAAUGGAGCCGCCAGCCGACGCCCCGGUGCCUCCGAUGGCUGUGCCCAGAAGACGGCGCGGACGCCGCAUGAUGCAGGCGCUGGAUCAGUGGAUCAGAUUCAAGUCGGUGGCGGGCGUGCCUGAACUGCAGCCCGAGUGCCGCCGCGCCGCGCGGUUCCUGAAGGACCUGAUGCGGCAGCUGGGCGCCAACGACGCGCGGCUGAUCUCCAGCACGCCCGCCAGCAACCCGAUCGUGUAUGCACGGUUCGAUGCGUCCCCGCAGACAGACCUUUGCGAGACUCCCACAGUGUUUGUCUACGGGCACUACGACGUCAUGCCAGCCGGCGACGAGCUUCUGUGGAAAACCCAGCCCUUCGAACUGGUGGGCCGAGACGGAUAUUUGUACGGCCGCGGCGUCACUGACAACAAGGGCCCGGUUUUGGCCACGCUGUUUGCUGUGUCGGAACUCCAUGCGUCUGGCGACCUGCCGCUGACGGUUGUGUUUUGCAUUGAGGGCGAGGAGGAAAACGGCAGCCAGGGCUUGCAUGAGACCAUUGCGAGCAAUCGCGCGCUGUUCGGCCGCCCGCGCCUGAUCCUGCUUUCGUCGUCGUACUGGCUGGGCGAGUCCACGCCCUGCCUGACGUAUGGCAUGCGCGGGUCGAUCCGCGCCAACCUGCGCAUUGAGAGCACACGGCCAGCCGAUGUGCAUGCGGGCGUGUGGGGCGGGGCGGUCACUGAGCCGCUCACGUGCCUGUCCCAUAUUCUGGCGCAGCUGGCGGACCCGUCCGGCCACGUGACCAUCCCCGGCUUCCACGACUCAGUGCGUCCCGUCAGCGACAAGGAAUCCGCGGCCAUGCGCGAGCUGGUGCAGUGGAUCUCCGCGCACGAGUCGGCCGCUCCACUGGUCGCCCGCACUGUCAUGUCGCCGCCCGAAUCCCAGGCAUCACCCAAGUCUACCGCCAGCUGGGAAUCGGUGGGGCCCAUAGAUGCCCGCGAUGAUCUGUUCGACCAGCUGAUGCGGCGCUGGCGCUUCCCGACGCUGACUGUGCAUCAUGUGGACAUAUCCACUGUGGCCGCGCGCACCAACACCACGUUAAUUCCGGCUGCCGCCCAGGCGUCGCUGAGCGUGCGUGUGGUGCCCGACCAGUCGCUGGAGGAUAUCUGCCAGAAACUGCGCAGCCAUGUGGAGACUAUUUUCAACCAGAUGCAGCAGUCACGCCAUGCCAGCAACAAGGGCGUUUUGGACAACCUCAGGCUGCACCUGGAUGUCCACCCGAAUGCCCAGUGGUGGCUGGCCGACCCCGACACGCCUGUGUACCAGGCGGCCGCCAAGGCUAUUCGCGAGGAGUGGCAGAUGGCCAACCAGGCGCAUGUCCCGCUGCUGAUUCGCGAGGGCGGGUCGAUUCCGGCUGUGCCCUGGCUCGAGGAGUUCUUUGGACCCGAUGCCAUAGCUGUCAAUCUGCCCAUGGGCCAGUCCUCGGACAAUGCUCAUCUGGAUAACGAGCGCAUUUCGCUGGUCAACCUGUACGUCUUCCUAGUUAGUCGCCAAGGCAAAUUGCGCCUAGUCAAAUGGUACAUCACCUUGCCGCAGAAAGAAAAGGCCAAAAUUGUCAAAGAGGUCAGCCAAUUGGUGCUGGCGCGUCGGCCCAAGCUGUGCAAUUUCAUCGAGCACAAGGACACCAAAGUGGUUUACCGCAAAUACGCCUCGCUGUACUUUGUCGCCGGCAUUGACAUGGACGACAACGAAUUGAUCACUCUCGAGAUAAUCCACCGCUUCGUCGAAGUGCUCGACCGCUACUUUGGCAAUGUCUGCGAGCUCGACCUGAUUUUCCACUUCCAAAAGGCGUAUUUUGUCUUGGACGAGAUGAUCAUGGCCGGCGAGCUGCAGGAGUCGAGCAAGAAGACCGUGCUGAGAGUCAUGGCGCAGCAGGACGAGACCGAGGCCACAGAGAAUGCCGAGCGUGGGUGGGGAGAUAUCAACUUGGAAGGCAUUGCCCGUACUGCCAUGGUUACCGUGCAAGAGUUCAAGCAGUCGUUCACCCGCUAAUACCCGUUUUUCAUUUACUCCAUAAACUUGCCACAAUAUCAUUUCUGAUUUCAGAAACAAAGGCCAUCGACAUCAG